ACGCGAGAAACUGCAGCACCUCGGACAAUUCCUCACCCGCCCCGCCCUCAGGGAAUGAUUGACAUCUGGGCAUCCGAUAUCUCACGAGCGGCACCAGCUACAUCCAAUCAACGGAAGAUCUGGGACUUGCAGUCGUUGCCCGUGGAUACAACAGGGGGAGCUUCAAAGCGGUUGUUUACAGUUGCGAGCGGCAGUCUGACCGGACGGAGGCAUCGGCAUAUUCCCGCAGAUGGGCUAAAGACGAACCAUCUGGGAAGCGCAUGGACAGUUAUCUUCAGCACAACUAAAGGAAAAAAAAUCCAACUCCAGGUUAUGUUGCAGAUGCUUACCGACAGCUAAUAGAAUCACUGGGUUCUUUUCCUUGUACGACUGGUGCGCAUUUUGCCUGGGUUGCUUUAGGACAACAGCUGGAUCUAACAUUCUCUUACAACUGACAAGCUUUUUGUCGGACCAAACUCACUGGGCAAGAUGGAUAACGAAAAGUACUUGCCAGAACUGAUGGCGGAGAAGGAUUCUCUGGACCCGUCCUUCCAGCACUCAUUGCGUCUUCUUGAUCAAGAAAUUGAAAAGAUUCAGAAAGAUGAAGACAAAGAGGAUGAGAAGUUCAUCGAUGUGGUCAUCAACAAGAACAUGAAACUGGGACAGAAGAUUUUGAUCCCUGUAAAACAGUUUCCCAAAUUUAAUUUUGUGGGUAAACUCCUGGGCCCUCGAGGGAACUCAUUAAAGAGACUACAAGAGGACACGCUGACCAAGAUGUCCAUCCUCGGCAAGGGAUCCAUGAGAGACAAAGAAAAGGAAGAAGAACUGCGAAAGAGCGGAGAGGCGAAGUAUAAUCACCUUAACGAAGAUCUUCACGUGCUGAUCGAGGUGUUCGCUCCCCCCGCCGAAGCGUACGCGAGAAUGGGUCACGCUCUGGAGGAGAUCAAAAAAUUCCUAAUCCCGGACUAUAAUGAUGAGAUCAGACAGGCUCAGCUACAGGAGCUGACGUAUCUGAACGGCGGCUCGGAGGACGCCAAAGUCCCGGCUGCGAGAGGCAAAACCAGCACACGAGCCAGAGGAACACCAGCGCCGGGACCGCUCAGGAGUAGAGGGGGGGUUCCUCCGCCUCAGGCUGCAGUUCCCCGGGGGGUGGCGCCCAGAGGAGCUCCGCCCAGCAGGGUCCCGUCCAGCAGAGGGAGGGGGGUUCCCUCACAGAGAGCACGAGGAGCUCCGCCCCCACCUGGGUACAGACCUCCUCCUCCAACCGUGCAGGAUGCCUACGGUGAAUACGAAUACGAUGAUGGAUAUGGAACGGCCUACGAUGACCAGGGAUAUGACUCGUACGACAACAACUACAGCAAUCAGGCGCUGAACUCAGAGGAUUAUUAUGAAUACAGCCAUGGUAUCAGUGCAGAAUCAUAUGACUCUUACGGCCCGGAGGAAUGGGCAAACAACCGCAACAAGGCGCCACCAGCAAGGACAAGCAAAGGAGUGUACAGAGAGCAGCCGUAUUCCCGGUUCUGACCAGCUACAAUCCUUCGUGUGCCCUCCCAAGUAAUGGAUUUUCUAUGGACUCUAUUUCCUUUUUUGCAAAUAAAAUCAACCAAAACGACAAAAAUAGAAAGUUGAAGAAGUUGAUGGGUAAAACUGACAUGGAAGAGACCCCCACAAACGGAAUAUUACGGGAUCACCGGAUUAUGUAGUUUAAAUCAGAGAACCAAUCAGAAUUCAAAUAGACUCACUUAUGUCGGAGGGAGGCGGGCACUAGCAGUUGGGGGCGGAGUUAUAUGAGGUGUACGAUGUUUAGAUUUAGCAGGUCAGUUUUUUGUAGAUACUUUUUUUUUUUGAUGGGUGAUCAGCUUCAAUGUGUCCCUUGUAAAUUUGACCUUUAAUGAAAAUUAAGUAGGAAAAAAGUCAAAGAAAAUCUCAGUGCACCUGUUGUUUUUCUUCUUUUCUCUUUUCUAAAUGGAAGGUUCUUCAGCGUUAAAGGGCUUAUAGGAGCAUGUCGUAAGAAAAAAACAAACUUUGUGCAGUUUCAGUUGCGAUGAGAAAAGCCUGCAUAGUUUUGUCUGGUUUUUGUGUUGAGCGUUUAAACCCUUUAAUGAGCUCUGUGGUAAUAGGUGUUUUCUCCCAGUGAGCGAUCUACUUUUAGACCUUCUCAGGAGCGUCUAAAUCAACAUUUUUUUA